AUGAACGAUAGCAACAGUGUUAUGUCCAAUAAUAUCAGUUAUUUUGGCAAUCAGAUCUUGAAUAGAGUUUCUUUUUUAAGAGAAGAUGUUUCAUUUUUAAAAUUGGCGUUAAAUUAUUCUUUUACUCAGUUCAUACCAUUCUUCAAUGGUGAACCAUUAGGGGAUACAACAACUGGUAAAUUAUACCGUAUUACAAAGCAUUUUAGCGAUGACGAUACGGGUUCUCUAAAUUAUAAAGUAUCUCGGUUGAUAAAUGAAACAGUUUUCACUAGAAUUGCAGAUGACGAAUUGGAGUCAUUAAUCAGCAAGGGAAACAAUCCAAAUAAGACAAGAUAUCAUCUGGUAUUUCUAGGGUUGUACCUAUCCUUUACAAGUUCCUCAAGUGAUGAGUUUUUAAUCUAUAAAGAUAAAUACAAAGGUAUACCAGUCUUUGCAAUCAAUUUCAUAGACCACAGUAUCGAGAAUAAUCAUGAGUCCUCCUCAAUUAUAAAAUUAACUUUUCAGAACGUCUUUAAUGUGCUGAUGUCUAAUGAGGAAGCUUCAUUAUACUCUUAUUCCAGGAUGUACAUCCAAUGGGCUAAUAAAUUUAAAAGAUGCGUAGAAUGCGGUCAAGAGAUCCAGUUCAUUCAUGGGGGGACCAAAUGGAUAUGCUCAGAUACUAAAUGUCCACUGAAUGAAGCUAAGCAAUUCCAGAAUAAUGCCGUCUUCCCCAGAAUCGACCCAGUGGUGAUCACAGCAAUCACAAACAAAGAUUGGUCCAAAAUGUGUCUUGUCAGAUCCAAGAGAGCCAUUGGUAAAGACAUAGUCAUGUAUUCAUGUGUAGCUGGGUUCAUGGAGCCUGGAGAAACCAUUGAAUCGUCUUGUCAACGUGAAGUGUGGGAGGAAACAGGCAUUCAGAUUAAGCAAACUGAUAAUAUUAUUAUUUUGAAGUCUCAACCUUGGCCGUAUCCACAAAAUUUGAUGAUUGGUUGCAUCGCACAGAUAAAUUUCAAUGGACACGACGAGGUGAUCGAUUUGAACCAUGAUCAAGAGCUGUUAGAUGCUCAAUGGUUUGACACACAAGAUAUAAAGGAAUCUAUAGAUCGAUAUAAGACUGGAUUUUUGUUACCAUUGAAGUUGGACCCGUUGAAAUAUCCAUUGUAUAUAGACAACAAGAUAAACAACAACGAUUUAUCGCAGAUUAAAAUACAAAUACCAGGGAAGAAUGCAAUAGCAUUUGAUCUAAUCAACUAUGUAGUCAGGAGACAUCAGGAACAGCAACAGCAACAACAACGACUGUAA